AUGUCUUAUGCCAUGAAUCUCAGUUCCCAGGAAGUUCUAUUUCAAAGUCUUAUGACAGAUGAUGAGUACAUAGUAUUUGAAGGGUUGAUGAGUCUCAUUCGUUCGUGUUUAGCGUUGCUUGGGAUUGUGGGAAAUACCAUCAACGUCUUGACGUUUUUUUCCAUGGGGCUCAAAGACGGAGUCACGACGUCAUUUAUGCUGUUGGCAUUGUCCGACGCUUCGUAUCUGGUCACUGUCAUUGCCAGAGCUGCAGCCUUUGCAUUCAUGGUGUCUGAAAUAUUGUCAGAUUAUCAAACGUGGUACCCGGUGGAGCCCUAUGGGGUGUACAAGUUUUCCGGCCAUUCAGGCAGAAUUCCUUAUAUCCUUUCAAACCUGAUCACGACCCUAGUUUCGGUCACGAGGUGUCUUUGUGUGGCCUGGCCUAUAAACUUCAAAUCUGCCUUUACCAAAAAACUCGCCCUUGUUUUGGUCACCUCCUUCACUCUGUUUGCUGUGUUGAGCUACCUCCCAGUGCUGAUCUUCAUGAGUAUGACCUGGCAGUUCGACCACAGGCUUAAUGCAUCGAGACCCACCUUGUGGCUAUCUCCUGAGAGGGAAGAAGUAAAAGACGUGGUCUGGACAGCGAGAGACGCUCUGCUGCCAUUCAUCACACAGGUCAUCAUGAUAACUUGCGUGGUCAUCAUGAACAAACAUCUGAAGUCAUCUUAUCGAUUUCGGCAUCGGGGUAACAAGCAUUCUUCAAUUAGGACGCGGACUUUUAUGAAACCUAAAAAUUCGAGUCCUGAGCUUACCGGGAAAGACUUGCAGGUCCUGCGUCAAGUGCUGCUUAUUACCAGCGUGUACAUCAUCUGCAACACUCCCACCAUUCUCAUCAACAUCACCAGCUUGCUGGAGCGGAAACUCUCUACAGACAGCGUCUACCGCAACAUCUACUUGUCAGUGACAGGAUGCAAACAUCUGUUUCAAACCAUCAACUCCAGUUUUAGUGUACUCGUCUACUACAAGUACAGCUCUAGAUACAGACACAAUUUUAUUAUCAAUGGGAAUAUUCACCUCAGAGUCCAAUAA